AUGUUGGCCAUCACAGAAGGGUCCCAGCUGAGUAUAUGGGACUUACGAGUGAAAGAGAAUGGGGGUUGUGUGCAUGGAAUUUCGGGUUCUGUUGGAGAUAUUUUAUAUUCAGCGACUGUAUCUUCAAAUGGUUAUGUUGCUACUGGUGGGGCUGACUGCACUGUGACUAUAUAUGAUCCGCGUAGAUGGUGCGCAAUAUCUGGAUGGUUAAACUGCUCGAAAUAUGAGAUAACUGGACUGACUUUUUCAUCAGUCGACCCUAAUUAUAUCUAUGUUCAAGGAGUUGAUUAUGAGGUUCUUUGUGGACAAUGGAAAGAAAGCAAGAAAGCAUUUUCAUUUAGAGGGGACUCAAACUGGCUUGGGUUCAGCAAG